AUGUCAUCGAGCAAUGCCCAAGACGAGCAGCACCACAAAGCCGUUAUUGGCAAUGGAGACAACUUUUGGCUCUUCUCAUCUCAAUCAGGCUUCGACCUUACACACCCUCCCACAGCAACUUCACCUCCCGUACAACCGAGCGUUACCAUCGAAACGACUGCCUCGCCGAUCACGAUCGAUCCUGCGAAAAGCGCUCUGAUUAUUAUAGACAUGCAGAAUUACUUUCUCUCGCCUGCACUUGGGCGAAGCAAAGGAGGUGGACAUGCUGCUGCAGAGCAGUUGAUCGAACACGCAAUUCCUGCGGCUAGGAAACAUGGCAUCAGAGUGGUAUGGGUCAACUGGGGUCUGACUGAACAAGAAGUUGAUGAGCUACCACCUGCUGUGAAAAGAGCUUUUGGAUUUGAGGCUACUGUUGAUAGUAGUGGGAAGGAGAAAUUUGAGGGGAUAGAUGUGUCUUUCGGCGUGGACAAGCAUGGAGUGAAGGGAAGUAGAAGGCACAAAGGUGUGGGCAGUGAUAUCGGCCCUGUGAAAGAUCCUGAGACUGGGAAAGAUUUCGAGGGUGGGAGGGUUCUCAUGAGAGACAGCUGGAAUGCUGCGCUCUUUUCGCCACUCGACCAGGUGUAUGAAGAAGGCAGGCAACUGGAAAAGUUGCCAGAUGUAUGGAUCCACAAGAAUAGGAUGAGUGCGAUGUGGGGCGUCGAUACGGCUCUUGAGAAGUUUCUGAAGCAAGAAGGAAUCAGGACCUUGUUCUUCACCGGUGUGAAUACCGAUCAGUGCGUUGGCGGCACGCUCACGGAUUGCUUCAGCAAAGGCUACGAUGUUAUCCUGCUGACUGACGGCGCCGCAACAACGAGUCCGGACUACGCGCAGAAUUGUUACGAUUUCAAUGCGAAGAACACGUAUGGAUUUGUCACCCGUUGUGAGCGCUUCGCGGCUGGUGUCAAGCGAUCACCUUGA